AUGAACCUCAGCUACCGCGACAUCGUCGCCAUCCUAGUCAUAAUCUUCUACACGCCCGCUCUCCUCGCCUCCAUCCUCCUCAUCUACCGCCACGGCUUCCGGCAAUCCUGGGAGUCGUGGUUCGUCCUCGCGACCUUCUCCAUCUCGCGCAUCCUGUACGGCUCGCUCGAGCUCGCCGCCAGCGCCAACCCGGACGCGUACGGCUACCGCCUCGCCGCCGCGACCUUCGCCGUCGAUGGCCUGAGCCCGCUGCUCUUCGCCGCCCUCGGCCUGUUGCGCCGCCUGCGCGACCUCGUCGCCGCCAAGAGGGUGCAGGAGGGCCGCAGUCCGGUGUUGCGCGUUACGUCGCGCCAGAUGAACGUGCUCGACCUCGUCAUCACGGCGGCGUUUAUCUGCGCUAGUAUUGCGUAUAGGGGCCUCAGCAGGGAGGAGGUGGAGAGUGGUAUUCAGCACCAUUCGGGCACCGCGCGCGCGGCGGCUAUCUUGUAUGUUGUCGCUUUUGCGGCUAUCGCGGCUGGGGCGGCGGUCAUGUUCGUUUGUUAUCGGGGGGAGGUGGAGGUGGGAGAGAUGAGGGUGCUUGUUGCGCUGGUCGGCAGUCUGCCGUUUUUGUUUGUGAGGUUGUUGUAUUUGGUGUUGGAUAUUUUGGGAGAGGUGGAAAGGUUCAGCGCCAUUACGGGAAGUGUGACGAUUUUCUUGUGCAUGGCUUUGCUGGAGGAGGCAGUGGCUGCGGCGUGGUAUCUGGUUGUUGGGUUUACGGUAAGGGUUAUUACGCGAGAGGAAACACUGGCGAUGAGAGAGGCGGAGAAGAAGGUUGUAGAGGGAAAGACGGAAGAGGUGGGAGAUGUUUCGAUGUGGGAGAGGUCAAGGAUGAAGCUGGAUGAGGAGGACAGCAGUGGUAGGGCGGAGCUGGAUGAUAGAACGAGGAGGGCAGAGUUGGCAUGA